AUGAUAGACUCCAAAGACGGUGGCAAAUGGACCCAGGUCGCGCUUCGUUCCAAGCGGCCCAUCGCCAGUGUCAUCACCUCGAACAACAUCGCUGAGGACGUUGCCAAGGACAUGCGAGAGUUUCUCGAUUCUGAGAGUUGGUACACCAACCGAGGUAUCCCUUGGCGACGUGGUUACUUGCUCUAUGGCGCUGCUGGGGCGGGAAAGACCAGUCUCAUCCACGCCUGUGCCAGCGCCCUCGAUCUCGAAGUCUACUGCAUCACCUUGGCCACCGAGGGAUUGACCGAUGCUAUCCUCUUGAAAGCGAUGACGCUGAUCCCUCCCGGCGGAGUAGUCGUGAUGGAAGACGUCGACGUCGCCAUUCCCAAGACUUCGAACGAGGGUCUCAACCGGGACGAUGCGCCUGUCAAAAAGGAAGAAGAGAACCGCAAGAAAGGAGACCGAGGAAGCUCGGGUGGUCACAUUACUCUUUCUGGAUUGCUAAACGCCAUCGACGGUAUCUCUGGAAGCGACGGCCGACUGCUCUUCAUGACCACCAACAAGAAGGAGAUGCUCGACGAGGCUCUCAUCCGGCCGGGUCGAGCGGAUCUCAGCUUCGAAUUCUUCAAGGCCACCUCUGACCAGAUCGAGCGCAUGUUCAAGGCAUUCUUCCCCGUCGACGAGAUCAUCAAGGCAAACUCGUCUCAUGCCGAUACCGACUCUGGCGACGAGGAGGAUGAAAAGUCAAUCUGGACCGACGAGUACAUCGAGGAACUCGCCAAGCUGUAUUCUGCCAAGGUUCCCAAAGAUUUCCUGUCUACCGCCGCCGUUCAAGGUCACCUGAUGGUUCACAAAAACUCUCCCCGUACUGCCGUCGGUACCAUCGGCGAGUACAUCGAGAAGAAACAUGCCGAAAUCGCCAAGGCCGAAGAAGAAAAGGCCAAAAAGGAGGCCGAGGAAAAGGGGGACGAGACCAAGGAGGACAAGGAAAAGGCAGAGGAAAAGAAAAAAGACGACAGCGAAGAUAGGCAGGUCAAGGAAGAGGCCAUCAAGCUCGCUGCUGCCGCCAUCAUCGGGCUCGUCACCAAGGCCCUGGAAAAGCCCGAAGAGACUGAAAAGUCAGAAGAAGAGGCAAAGAUCGAGGUCGAAAAGGCCGACGGCAAGCGGGUCGAGGAGGAGCGCAAGGCAGACGAUCUCGCAGUAGAGGUCGAGGGAUGUUGA